UUUACAAAAGAGAGAGGGAAUAAAGAAAACCUAACCCAGCCCCGCCGUGGAGAUUCACACCACGACGAGCUCGUCAUCGCCCAAAUCAUGUCUUCCUAAUCUGUGGAUUUCGCGGCUUACGCAAUCUGAAUCUGAAACCUAAAUUACUUACCCGGCGGACUAAUUUCACAGACCUCACGCCUGAAAUCCAAAAGCCGACCGCAUAAAGUCUCUCGCCUCGCCUCGACAGGUUCCGGCGAUCUUUCCUUCGCCUGAGAUCGCCGUGGUCGCGCUUUUUUUUUUUUAAACUAAUGAUGGCUGGAGGGCCAAAAGGUAAGAGGAAGACGCCCACUGAACUCAGAGGAGAACAACUGAAGCGGACUAGUUUCGUGGACCAAGCUAAAGAAUCUUUUGAUGCAUUACGCCCUUGCAAGAGUACUGAGAGGGAAAAUGGGCUCAAGAAACAAGACCUUUUGAGGAAUCCAAAAUACAUUGAGAUGCGUAUGGAUGAACUGUAUCCUGUCAAAAAGGCUCGCCCUUGGAUGCUCUCUGGCAAAGAAAACUUCAAGGAAACUGAUGCGAAAGAGCAAUCCAGCAGCCUAAUCAAUGUUUCUUUACUCUCAAAUGUUGCUGCCAUCAAAAGACAACAACUUAUUCGUGAGGACAAUAAUGCUUCUAGUGAAGUUUCUAAUGUUACUCACGUCCAAGCAAGUCAAACACCUGAGAGAUGUAGCCAGAGCAUAUUUCGCAGUGUCACAGAACUUUCAACCAGGGGUGAAGAGUUAUCCUGCUUGCCAGAUAUUGACAUGAACAAAGCACUGAAAGGACUUGCCACUUGUGAACCAUUGCCGGUUCAUCCUGGUGACAUAACAGGGAAAUCUGAUACUGCUUUACUAAGUGGACAUUUCAUGUCUGAGAUCCAUGUUCCUGGGCAAAAGAUUCCUCUGGACCUUUCCAUGAAGACGUAUGUUCGACUUGUCUCCUCUUCUCCAUUAAAUUGGUUACAUAGGUCAAUCAUGGGUAGCACUUACAAUGGUAUGCCACAGCUAAAGUCGCUGUCGUGUAGUAUGGUUAAUCAAGAUAACAGUAGUGGUUCUGGAUCAGCUGUGGUUUCCCAGGUGUUAAAUUCCAUGUCACUACACUCUUGGGUUCAUCCUCAGUCCACCUUGCCACCUUUUAUCAUUUCGGCUUUGGUAGCAUCUGGACAAGACAGAGGCGAAGUUGAUUUUCUACAAAAGCGACAAUUGGCAUGGGAAGAUGCUUUUCGAAGUCUAUAUUUUAUGUUUCGGAAGAAUCUUUGCAAAAUAUUUUAUGUUUGUACUUCACAGUUUGUGGCUAUGUUCACUGGAAGCUGUGAGUCAGGGGGUGUCAAACGCUCAUGCAAUGCCUAUAUCACUCAGUCAACUAGAAGAUUGAGAGCUAUUCUCAAAGACCUUGACGUCUGCUACUCUAUGCCUCUUUGCAAAACUAAAAUGGAUCAGACCACUGUUGAAGAUCUUGCUGAACUCUCAGAGAUUGAGAAUCAUAACCUUGGCCAGACUCGUCGUUUGCGUUCCGUCUCUAACACAGAUAAUACUCCAGAAUCUUUCUUGGCUUUUGAUGGAAAUGAGAACGUACAUGGAUUGUAUGAUCUUCUGUUAAAUUAUAGGUCUUCUUUGGAAUUUCUUCUCACCGCAGACGUUCCUGUAUUAUAUUCACCUGUACCAUUUCAAAAUGCUGCAGUGUCUUCUCCUGAGAUCAAGUGCACGGAGAUGGUAAAAACAGAUCAUACAAAUUGCUGCAUGGUCGAGAUUAAGGGCGAAUAUCUUCCGCCGUGGAUAAUUAGCAAGAUUUGUGCAAAUGUGGGUGCUAAUGGACAAAACUUUGAAGUUAGUUUUGUGACGGAGCCAACCUCGGUUAGCUUAAACAUGGGUCUACCACAAAUCCCUGAGAAAACCGAGCCUGAGUCUAGAGUCAUAGAAGGCACAGAAGAAGCAAACUAUGAUGAUGCACCUGGCAUCCCCGGAGCAGUGAUCUGCCCUCAGCUUCGAUCAGGCCAUCUAAAGAGCUUGAAGUAUCGCAACAAGUCUUACACUGUUUUGCUGUCUCCCUCGUGAUCUGUAUUUGCUUUGGUUUCCUCUCUUUUUCCAGGUUUUCAUCGUUAAAUGUAUGACCCUAGAAUCAAAUAAUCAACCCAAUGUUAAUUUUAAAAUUCGCAAUUUGGCUGGACAUAUCAGGAAACAUAUU